GAAUUAUUUACUGCUAGGCAUCUUAAUAUCCUUUAUUGAAUCAUCUAUAAUUUAAAGUAUUUAUAUUCAUUAAUGUUAGAGAUAUGAGCAAUCAUAAUAAAUAAAUCUUAUUAUAGGAGACUAACAAAUCACAUUAAGUUAAGAAUAUUAAAAAAAUUAUAGAUGACUAAGAACGUUGGUUUGAAGGUAAUUAUGUUUUUAAUUUCUAGAAAUUAUUGAAUAUUAUGAGGAAGUUGUCUAUGAAUAUGAUGAAUAAGAUCCUGAUGAACUAAGCCUUGGAUCAUAAAUGGAUUUAGAACAAUUAAUAGAGAACUAUGAUAUACCUGAAGAUUGUUAUGAAGAAAAUGUGAGUCUUUAUGAAUAUUAUGAUGCUUUGAGUGAAGAAACUUAAAAAAAUGAGAACAUUAAAAAAUCUAAUUAAAAAACAGAAAAUGAAAAUAAUUUUUAAGUGUAUAAUUUAGGAGAAGAGGAAUUUAUUACUUUAAUUGAUGAUCAAAAUGAAAUAAUAGAUGAAGAUAUAUUAACAUUAAAAAAACCUAUAGAUCAAAAUUAUCAUUCUAAAAGUGAUAAUUAAAUCAAAAAUAAAACAAAAAACAAAACAAAAAUGAAAAAUAAAAGUAAAAAGAAGAAAAACAAAAAAUAAAAAAAGAAGCAGAAAUGA